AUGACAGAACAAAACAUCCUUGACGUGCAAGGUCAACAGCCUGCUCUGUACAAACUUUAUACCCAACUAUGCUCCGUCUUCCCGGUUGCCGAGACCUCCUCUCCGGAUGCCAUCCUCUCUACGUUGAGGAAUGGGAUGGACCGAUUGCGCGACAGCUUUCCAUGGCUGGCUGGUGAGGUCAUCAAUGAAGGCGCUAGUGAUGGGAAUACGGGUGUAUAUCGCAUUGUACCCUCGGACAGGAUUCCACUUGUUGUCAAAGAUCUCCGAGAAGACGCCUCCGCCCCGACAAUGGAAGACCUCCGGAAAGCCGGCUAUCCAUGCUCACUGCUGGAUGAAAGUACAUUCGCACCCGGCCUUACCCUGGACCUGCCUAUCAACUUUGGUCUCGCAUCCGAGUCCGCGUUUGUCUUCGCCAUUCAAGCGAAUUUUAUCGCCGGCGGCCUAGUUCUCACCUCUAUGUCACAGCACAAUGUCAUGGACAUGACGGGGCAUGCCCAGAUUAUUGACUGGCUAUCAAAGGCUUGCUACGGCCUUCAAUUUACAGAGGAGGAGGUGUCCUUUGGUAACCCUGACCGGCCCACGGCCAUCUCCUUGUUGGAUGAGCCGUAUGAACCCCGCCCCGAAUUGGCUCCCCAGAUGCUAGCCCAGCCAGAGGAAUCUGCCAGUGACCCAAACUUAUCGCAACCCCCUAAUUCGACCUGGGCGUAUCUGGAUUUUUCAGCCCAUUCGCUGGCAGAGCUCAAGUCUCUGGCAACAUCGACCCCUCUCAGACGGCUUCGUUUCGACCGACGAUACUAUCUGUGCUUUCCUAUGGAAACGCAUAUCCAGGGCCCGAAUCCCUCGCCUACAACCCGAUACAAAGUCCACUUUCGCCCGCGCAAUCGAUGUCCGGCAGCAUGUGGGUCUUCCAGCUCAAUACCCCGGUGUGCUGCAGAAUAUGACAUAUAG